GCCCAUGCGUUCAUUGGCAGCAGCUCUGCAGCCACCAAGCGGCUCCCAGGGAACGCCGCCUUCGGCCGCAAAAGCUUCUCCUCCUCCCUCCUCUCACAUUUCUGAAUGACAUCACGCUGCCAAGUAUUCCCGUUGCUUCUCGCCAGAGAGAGAGAACAUCACCAUUAUUCUCCACAGGAGCCCAGCAAGAGACAGCUUCGCGCUCUCUAACGAUGGUCCUGUAGCCCCCGUUAGCUUAGCGGACCCCGCCACCGCCGCCGCCGCUGUCUUGCUCCUCGUUGGCUUUUGUCUGCCUCCAACCGCCGCCGCUCCUCCUUGGAGCCAAAAUUACUAAAAGAGAAGAAAAGAGGGAGAAAAAAAAGAGCGGUGGUGUGGGGGAAAGGACCGAACUGAUUCGGGCGUGGUAGCAAGGAGAGAAGAGGAGAGGAGGGGGGGGGGAGAAAAAGUCAUUUUUGUCCCAAAAACUUCAGAGAAGCAGGCGGAAAAAAUGUCGCUGUCGGUGCCGCAGAACGGAGUGAAGGCGGACAACGAACCCGUCAUCGAGCUUUUUGUGAAGGCGGGCAGCGAUGGCGAGAGCAUCGGAAACUGCCCCUUCUCCCAGAGGCUCUUCAUGAUACUCUGGCUCAAAGGAGUCGUCUUUAACGUCACCACGGUGGACCUGAAAAGGAAGCCCGCAGACCUCCAGAACCUGGCCCCCGGCACGCACCCGCCCUUCAUCACGUUCAACGGCGAGGUCAAAACCGACGUCAACAAGAUCGAGGAGUUCCUUGAGGAUGUGCUUAGCCCACCCAAAUACAUCAAGCUCGGAGCCAAACACCCCGAGUCCAACACGGCCGGCAUGGACAUCUUCGCCAAGUUCUCCGCGUUCAUCAAGAACUCCAAGCCAGACGCCAACGAGGCGCUGGAGCGUGGACUGCUGAAGACCCUGCAGAAGCUGGACGACUACCUUCGCUCGCCGCUGCCCGACGAGAUCGACCACAACAGCAUCGAGGACGUCAAGUUCUCCAGCCGCAAGUUCCUGGACGGAGACGAAAUGACCCUGGCCGACUGUAACCUGCUGCCCAAACUGCACAUAGUUAAGGUUGUGACCAAGAAGUACAGAGGCUUCGACAUUCCCAAAGAGAUGACGUCCAUCUGGAAGUACCUGAAUAAUGCCUACACGCGCGAAGAGUUCACCAACACCUGCCCCAGUGACAAGGAGAUAGAGAUCGCCUACGCGGAUGUGGCCAAGAGGCUGGUCAAAUAAACUCCCCACCCACCCACCCACCACCCCACCCACCACCCCACUCUCACCUCCCUGCACAUCCCACUCCACAGCAUCGGGACUGAUGUGGCUCAUUCACUCACGAGAAAGAAGAAAAAAAAA